GCCUCAGCAUACCCAGAGCUGGGAUUAUAGACAACUUAAAGAAGAGAACUACCUUCAAACUGAGCUGGAAAAGAAUAUUUGGACAAUCUAUGAGGAUGGAUGAGUCUUCAAAAGCUAAUCCUCUGAGCUUUGAAAGCACCGCAGUCCCUUUCUUCAUCAUCCUUCUAAUUUGCUUCGUUUGCAUUUUCUUUUUAUUGGUGUUUUUUUUAUAUAAAUGUUUCCAAGACAAAAAAGAUGAAGUAACAGAAAAAAUUCCUUGUAUAGAUGCUAAUGGAGGUGAAGAUUGUUCACCUGCUAAUGAGGAGGCAGACGAGACAGGAGAUCAAGAAAAGGUCCUAAUGCAGAUCAGGGGCUCAAAUGCACCAGUGAGGCCUGGCAUUCUUGUCCAGAGACAGAAUAAGGUGGUGACAUCCUUAGGAAACAUAGAGGGCAUGGAGGCAGAGAAAGAGGAUAAAAUGAAAGACAGGCAAAGGCCUGAGGAUGCUGGAGAGGUGAAUCAAGAGGGUGAAAAUUUGAGGGAAGCACUCAUACCGUCAAUUACUGAAAGCUAAAAAAGACCUUUAAAAGGAGUGACAUUUUCUAAGGAGGUCAAAUACACAUGUAAUAAGCACCCUUAAGCAUUCUUACACAUAGAGCUCAACAGUGCAUUCAGUCGUUGUGUGACCAUCAUCACCAUCCCUCCACAGAGCUCUUCGUCUUGGAAAACAGACUCUGUGCCCUAACACCAACUUACAUUCCUUCCUCCUCGGUGGCAGCUAGACUUUUACUGUGUCUCUGUAGAUUUGAUUACUGUAUUACCUUUAUGUAAGUGAAUCAUACAUAUUUAUUCUUUUGUGCCUGGCUUGCUUCACUUAGCAUAAUAGCCUUAAAGUCCAACUAUGUAUGUGCCUUCCCUUUUAAGCUGGAAUAAUAUUCCAGUUGUGUAUAAAUGCCAGUUUGUUCACCCCUUUAUAUGUUGAUGGAUGCUUAGAUUGCUUCCAUCUUUUGGUUAUUGUGAAUAAUGCUGCUGUGGAUAUUUAAAAUGUUAAUCUAAGAAAGUUCAGACUCAUUUGCGUCACUAUUUAUAAAAACCUGUAUG